AUGUCAUAUUAUCAAUCUAAUAUGAAUUCACAACUGCACUACUAUCGUGAAAACGAAAACAAUUCAUUUAUUGAUUCGCAGAACUCCCAACUGAAUAGACUUAAUGCAACAGCUAACAUUGGCCAACCAACACUAGAUAAUUCUAGCAGUAGUGCUAGUACUGUUUCUUCUAGUUUGGACAAUAUAGGCAUAUUCAAUAUCGAAUCCCAAAGCAUACACAAAAAUUCAAAUAAAAAAGAUGACCAAAGACAAUUUAAUAUUUUUGCCAGAUUAUUCUUUGGUAUAUCCUUAUUAUCAGCAAUUCUUAUUGUUUUAUUUGAAGCCUAUAUGUUUGCAGUGAUAAAUAUCCACCAUGACAAGUUUGCGAAGGGGAAGUAUACGGAGAACUCGAUUUACUUUGCACUUUUUAUAUUUGCAGGAGUAUUUCAAGUUUUGAUAACAUUGAUAGCACUCUAUUCCCGUAACUUAUUGCUAUUGGUAUUUCUAAUGGGAUUUUACUGUUGUAUGUUGAUAUACACCGGUAUACAAUACAAUGAAGUUAGUGACAAGAUUUCAACAGUACUAAUUGGCAAAUGGAAAACAGCAACGUACGCUAUGAAUAUUGCUACGAUAUGUGUUCUUGCUGCAGCCUUGGUGCUUCAAUCUAUUUUGUUGUAUUUUGGGUUGAGACGAUAUGUUAGUUGGUUCACUUUUAAGAAAAUUGGAGCCAGUUUGGAACUUAAAAGAAUUUACACAUAUUUCCAAAUACAUCGUUCUAUAUUGAUGUUUGAUUUUUUCUUCUUUGCUGGGUUCACAAUCCAAUUUUUGGUUAUAAUGGUAAAAGAUAGAAAAUCUGUGGAAUUUAUUUUAACGGUGAUUGUUAUUCCAUUAACAAUAAUUUUACUUUUUGUAAGUGAUAUUUCAGCAACCAGAGAGUUCAUUUAUGGAUCCAUAUUUGCAAUUAUUUUAUUUUUGUGUGGUAUUGCUUAUGUUCUUUUUAAAUUGAUAAGAUUGUACACCAAAUACACAUCUGCUUAUGAUUUGGCAAUUAGGCCCGGUGAAUAUUUUAUGGGACGAAAAUCAUUGUUGACAUUUGGUAUAAUUACUUUAGUAUUAUUGGUUGCAACAAUAGUGUUGGAAAUUAUUUCUAUUUGUAAUUAUGGGAAAGGGUUAUUGCCAUCAGUUAGCAUGUCCUAUAAAUGGAUACCUGGCUAUAAUAAAUCUGGAACUGCUCAGGAGAUAAGUAUAAGUGAUGAUGAAAAAGAAGAAAGAGAAGAUCAAGUGGACGAGAAUGGAGUUGAAAGGCGGACUACUACUAACAGUUUAUACAUUGACUAG